GAGUUUGAUGAGGAGUUCAUGAAGAAGCUCGUCAGGAAGAUUGAUUUUACGAUUGUGCCGUUGCUAGCUUUGACCUACUUCUUGCAAUUCUUGGACAAAACGACUCUUUCGUACACCUCCGUCAUGGGUCUUCAAACCGACACUCACCUCAAGGGUGACGAAUACUCAUACCUCGGAAUGCUAUUCUACGUCGGGUUCUUGGUCACCGAACUUCCGACUCAGUGGCUGGCUCAAAAGGUGUCACAUCUUGCGAAAUACCUCGCCGUCAACAUCAUGCUCUGGGGAGUCGUCCUCUCUUGCCACGCCGCUUGCACGAACUUCGCCCAACUCGCCGUCCUCCGCACCCUCCUCGGCGUCUUCGAAGCUUGCGUGGCCCCCAUCUUGGUCAUGAUCAUCAGCAUGUGGUACAAAAAAAGCGAACAAGGCCGCCGCGUCUCCUUCUUCUAUGUCAUGAACUCCCUCACCAGCAUCGUCGGCGGCUUCGUCGCAUACGGCGUAACUUUCACCCACUCCCAUUUCGCAAGCUGGCGAAUCUUCUACCUCGCUCUCGGUCUCUUCACUGUUGCCUGCGGAGUUCUCGUGUUCAUCUUCCUCCCCGACUCACCCGUCCGCGCCAGUGGUCGCCGAUUCAGUGACCGUGAGAAGCGUGCGGCCUUGUUGCGUAUUGCGGAUAAUCAGAGUGGGACGCAGAAUAAGAAGUUAAAGGUGUAUCAAAUGAAAGAGGCACUCGUGGAUGUUAAAACGUGGUUGAUCUUCAUUUCUGUUAUGUUGACAUCCAUUCCAAAUGGUGCCUUGAGUAACUUUAACAGCAUCAUUAUUAAAUCCUUUGGCUUCACAUCCCAGCAAACUCUCAUCCUUGGCACACCCGCCGGCCUCGUCGGAAUCGUUUUCGUCCUCGGCUGCGGUUGGCUAAGUGACCGCCUCAAUGACCGAAGUCUCGUGAUGUUAAUCUUCCUGAUCCCAACCAUCCUCGGUGCAGCCCUCAUGGUGGGCCUUCAACACCUUCAUAACAAGGCGGGAUUACUGGCUGCGAACUACCUCACUGGAACCUUUGGCGGUGCAUUUGGAUUGAUCCUGGCCUGGAAUGCCUCGAAUAUCUCUGGACAUUCAAAGAAGGUGGUCGUUAAUGCCAUGACCCUCGUUUCGUUCGCUACCGGGAAUAUCAUUGGGACACAGACUUUCCGAGCGAGUGAUGCUCCGGACUACAUUCCGGGCAAGACUGCUAUCAUUGUCUGCUUGGGUGCCCAGGUGGUUGUGUCUUUCGCCUUGAGAUAUGUAAACAUCUGGUAUAACAAAAAGAAGGCGAGGGUUGUGGAGGGGAUGGAUCCCGCGACCAGGGAGGCUACAAGGAAGCAUAUGGCUUUCGCUGAUGAGACUGACAUGAGGAACCCGUUCUUCAAAUACACCAACUGAAGAAGACAAAGCAGUGGUUUUGGUGUUCGUUACCCGGUAUACGCUAGCU